CUACCCUUCCAUGUAAUGCCAAUCCCUCUAUUAAACCCCUCUCUCUAUUAACUGAAAAAAACCGCGUAGUCUUACACUAUUCCGAUUACUCAAAUUCCUUGCUCAACUUUCUGUCUCAGAUCAAACAAUGGCCACCAAGGACACUGCCGGAUCCGGAUCCGCCACCGUCAAUGGCGAUGCUUCUGCCGCCACUCCUCCACAAAAACACAAAAUAGCACUCAUCACCGGCAUAACCGGCCAAGACGGUUCUUACCUGACGGAAUUUCUCCUCAACAAAGGAUACGAGGUUCAUGGUUUGAUCCGCCGGUCAUCGAACUUCAAUACGCAACGCAUCAACCAUAUCUACAUCGAUCCUCACAAUGCUCACAAGGCUCGUAUGAAGCUACACUACGCCGAUCUCACCGAUGCCUCCUCUCUCCGCCGGUGGCUCGAUACCAUUCUUCCCGACGAGGUCUAUAAUCUGGCCGCCCAAUCGCAUGUGGCUGUUUCUUUCGAAAUUCCUGAUUAUACUGCUGAUGUGGUGGCUACUGGUGCUCUUCGACUCCUUGAAGCCGUCAGAUCUCAUAUCGCCGCCACAGGAAGAAGUCACAUCCGGUAUUAUCAGGCUGGAUCAUCGGAGAUGUUUGGAUCCACUCCACCUCCUCAAUCAGAAACGACUCCGUUUCAUCCUAGAUCUCCAUACGCAGCGUCGAAAUGUGCUGCGCAUUGGUACACAGUUAAUUACCGUGAGGCUUACGGGUUGUUUGCUUGUAACGGAAUCCUGUUCAACCACGAAUCGCCAAGGCGUGGAGAGAAUUUCGUUACUAGGAAAAUAACGAGAGCAGUUGGUAGAAUUAAGACUGGAUUACAGAACAAAUUGUUCUUGGGCAAUUUGAGUGCCUCAAGAGAUUGGGGAUUUGCGGGAGAUUAUGUAGAAGCGAUGUGGAUGAUGCUGCAGCAAGAAAUGCCAGACGAUUAUGUAGUGGCUACUGAGGAGUCGCAUACGGUGGAGGAAUUUUUGGAAGUGGCAUUUGGGUAUGUGGGAUUGAACUGGAAAGAUCAUGUGGUGAUUGAUAAAAGGUACUUUAGACCAGCAGAAGUUGAUAAUUUGAAAGGAGAUUCAAGUAAGACAAGAAAAGUUCUUGGUUGGAAGCCAAAAGUUGGGUUUGAGCAACUGGUUAAGAUGAUGGUGGAUGAAGAUAUUGAAAUAGCGAAAAGAGAGAAGGUGCUUGUUGAUGCUGGCUACAUGGAUGCACAGCAACAGCCUUGAUCUGUUCCAUAUCAGAUUAUAGCAACAAUUUGAGGUUACUGAAAUACUGGUAAAAUUUGAAGUAUUAGAUUUACAAUUACUAGUAUUAUUAUUGGUUAAUAGAGUUCCAUUUUGUUCUAAGGGAGGAAUUUAUUUAUAUUUAUAUUUAUAUUUUGUGUUGUUGUUAUUUAAUCUAAAGGAAUGUUCUGUUUAUUUAUGUUGUUCUUCAAUUUGUUUAUUUACAGAAGCUGAUGUAACUAAUGUUCUUGAAUUCAA